UUGGCUCCAAUAUCAGGGUUGUGGCUGUUCACAUACAUACAUUACUCUCUCGCUCGCUCUCUCUCUCUCUAGGGUUCUAAGUGUUUCCUUUUCCCGCCAAAGAAAGACUAAACUACCAAUGGAUAGAUACCAGAAGGUGGAGAAGCCGAAGCCAGAAUCUCCGAUAAACGAAAAUGAGAUUCGUAUCACUUCUCAAGGUCUGGUUCGUAACUACAUCAGCUAUGCCACCGCACUUCUUCAGGAGAGACGUGGAAAUGAUAUUGUCUUGAAAGCAAUGGGUCAAGCUAUAAGCAAGACAGUGGCUAUUGCAGAGAUUAUAAAGAGAAGAAUUCCUCGACUGCAUCAAGACACUGCCAUCAGUUCAUUAAAAAUAACCGAUACAUUUGAACCCAUUGAAGAGGGCCUUGAGACUGUGGAGCAAACUCGGCAUGUUUCGAUGAUUUCAAUCACCUUGUCGACUAAGGAGCUAAACAAGAAUUCUCCAGGGUACCAAGCUCCAGCUCAUAUGGAACAAAGUAAACAACAAUAUAAUUAUAAGCCGCAGCCACAGCAACAGCAACCUCCUAGACAAGUACGCGCAGUGUUCAACAGUGGUAAUGGAGAUGCGUAUGGACGUGGAAGAGCUCGUAACAGAGGAAGAGGGGGAGGGGGAGGGAGGGGAGGAGGUUGGAACAGAGGUGGAUAUGCAAACUAUCAAGGUACUAUAUAGUCAUAUGAUCCCAUC